GGAGCAGCAAAAGAAGCGCACGACCUUUGAAGGCGCAAGGAGAGUGCAGCGGCUGUGAUGCACAAGAUGCUCAGCGCAAAAGGAAGCCCAUCGAUUGGUCGUCCCUGUCGUCCCCUCGCGCAGCUGCCCUCGUCGCCGUCAUGUGUCGGGCUUCCCCCGCCCUAUCUGAAUGUCAGCGUGCGCCAUCUGCAGCUGAUCAAGAAGGUCAAUUGGCGGCGCAGUGGCGGCCAGAAGGAGAUCAUCAAUCUCAAGGGCCCGCCGCCCAUCGGCCGGCUGCCGUUCCGCAAGACCAACCACCCCAAGAUCCUCUGCCCCUACUUCCCACAGUACCACUCGCCCUACUCCAUCAACCACAAAAAGUACCCCCACUACCCCGAGCAGACCCACCGACAGCGAUACCCUAAGUAUGAAGAGCUGACCAGCGUCAAGUUCUUCGCCCAGUGGUGUGACCAGAGCUGGCGGGACAGGAACUUCUUCGAGACGGCCCACCGGCUGCCCUUCAGGGGUGUGGGGUAUAUGUUCUGGCGGCAGGGCGGCAACAGCCCCUGGGGCGAGGGGCGGUACUUUAACCUGAAGUCCAUCUUCUACAAGGUGUGUGAGAUGAAACGGUCCAGCAAUCGAGGCGUCUGCCACGCGCGUGUGCAUGUGUUGUUGUGUGCGAUCAGUACCGCCCAUUCUACGGCCAGGCAGUGGGCGACUCAUACUACAACCGUAUGGCAGACACUGCAGUGCACACCCCAGACGAGCCGGACGAACGGACAGACAAUCGAUCGGUUCCUUCUGUGUGUGUGUGCCGGUGUGUGUUUGGGUAUGCAUCCUGCCUGCAUCAAUCAGACCGCUUGGCUCGUGAGAACAUGGCUCCCAUGGCGUUCAUCCAGGGCCGGUGGAUGUGCGAGCCCCCCUCAUUCGCCAAGGACUUCCCAUGGCAGUACCGUCCCCCUUUCCCGCCAUCAUACGCCGAUGAGAUGACAAUGAAGGGCACUGACAAGACAGCUGCGACCGCCACUGAGACUCAGGCGGAGGCUGAGGGGGGCGAGGCGGCUGCUGAGUGAUAGAUCCGUCUGAGCUCUGUGUGUGUGGAUGAAUGAAUGGAUGGAUAGAUGGGUGGGUGUGACUGCAGUGACUUCUCCUCAGCUGGUCGUUUACGUGUAUGUACCUUAUGGAUAGGACGGUGACUAAAGCGAAGAAGCG